GGAGUAGGUGGAGCAUGUGGGUAAACUCAGCCAAUAAGACACCGUAGAGACACUUCCGGCUUGGACUGGCACUUCUGGAGCGCUGCGGGAGCCCUCUGAUCGUGGCUCCGAAAAGCCCCCGGAAUUUCCUCUUUCUCCAACUCCAUUGGCUUGAGCCUUUGGUUACCUGACUCAUCCGACCAACGAGAGGCGGCUGAAACAGUACUUCCGCCUCUGUGUGCCAGUCACUAUGCCCACCCUAGAAACACUCUGAUUGGCUGUCCUCCCGAGACGGACUCGCUUAUUGGCCAGCGCGGGAUCCGGCUCUCCAGCGGCAACCUGAAGCUGUGUCAGACAAGCCCGGCAGCCCAGGAGCCAUGGCGUCUUAUUUUGAUGAGCACGACUGCGAGCCGUUGAACCCUGAGCGUGAGGCCCGUAACAACAUGUUGCUGGAACUCGCGAGAAGAGUGCGCGGGGCUUGGAGCUGGGCCCCGGGCAGCAGAUCACUCUUUAAUAGGAUGGACUUUGAGGACCUGGGAUUGGUAGAUUGGGAGCACCACCUCCCCCCACCGGCUGCCAAGGCUGUGGUGGAGAGCCUCCCUAGAACAGUCAUCAGUAGCUCCAAGGCUGAUCUCAAGUGCCCCGUGUGUCUUUUGGAGUUUGAGGAGGAGGAGACUGUCAUUGAGAUGCCCUGCCAUCACCUCUUCCAUUCUAACUGCAUUCUGCCCUGGCUAAGUAAGACAAACUCCUGCCCUCUGUGCCGCUAUGAGCUGCCCACCGAUGACGACAGUUAUGAAGAGCACAAGAAAGACAAGGCUCGGAGGCAGCAGCAGCAGCACCGCCUGGAGAACCUCCACGGAGCCAUGUACACCUGAGGCAGCAGCUAGGGCUGAGAGCUAAGCCUCUGUGAUACCUUUCCUUUGCACUUUGAAUCUUCAUUAAAGGUUUCUUUACCCACCCUGCAGCUGCACUGCUCACCAGCUGAAGCAGGGGCUCUGUCUGAAUCCUCCACCCUGCUGCUAGCCAGAAAGACGUCAAAGGUGUCGAAUGGCAGAAGGUGCCAGGCUGCAUUUCCCUCUCUGCCAGCCUCUAGACUCUGGUGGUGGGGCCCUGGAACAACCAGGGCUUGGGUCUGAAUGUUCUUUUAGAAGUCAAACUGUGUCAGAGCCUGGCACUUUGUAGCUAUUUAAAACUGAUAAAUUAACUUGCACCGCCCCCUUCCGGAAAUCUCUAGUUAACCUUGGAAUCUUUAGUUAACAUUGGAAUCCUGGGGGUGUUCUUUAUUUCCACAGAGAAAACUUUUAACAUUGUAAAAGUUGCUCUCUGUAUCCCGCUCCCCCUCCCCCAUCAAGGAAUCAAAGUUCAAGCCAGACUGAAUAGGGGAAAGAAGUGAGACUAUGAAGACAAGCCAGUUCUUUAGAGAUUUUUAAAGGGGACAAGCCCUUAUGGAGGUUUUGAAAGUAGGUUUCACUCUGUGACCUUGGCUGGCUUGGAACCCACUGUAUAGACCAGGCUGGCCUUGAACUUAGUACCACUAUGCUCACAUCCUUAUGAUGUAUUUGAAUGGCAUCUGUCACUCUUAAUUUCUGGUAACCUCAAGAAUCUUUUCUGGAAGAAAGGACUUCUUUCCAUCCCUACCUACUGGAUCAGACCCUCCCUGAAUCUCCAAAACAGACUGCAAACAUGCAAAUUAGAAUUCUUUUAAUAGAUAUAAAAAAAGUACUAAAAUA